CGUCAUCAGAGAGCAGAGGCGUUCAGCUCUCAGCCAUUGCCACUAGUGGUCAAGUAAAGCAAGAUGGAUGCUCGUCUAAUUGUUGUAUUGUUAGGUGUGUUCUUGUCGGAGCAAGCAAAUGGAUUGAAUUGCACGGAUGGAAUGAAAGGCUUGACGAAGUAUAUUCCUUGUGGAUUUCGACAGAGCUCAACGCAUUGCAUGGCCAACACCUGGGAAUGUGACGAUUUCACAGAUUGYCCCGACGGCUCCGACGAGACUUUCUGUCACUAUCCCGGACGUGGGAAAACUGGUUACAUUUUCGAAUACAAUUACACUGGAGAUGUAGUCUUUCCUGACCGCUCAGAUGGUUUACAAAUCGAAACACAAGUUAUGAUAGAAAAAGAUAGCACUAAAACCAAGACGCGGACCAUUAUGAAGCUUGAAAAUCCAAAGCUUUUUCAGAAGGCAAAUAAAGCAAGAGGGAGCUUGUUAUCGGCAAAGGAUAAAGCUGUUUGGGAAAAACCCAUUGUAUUUGAUAUCCUGAACAAUGGGGCUAUUACUAAUCUCCGCACAGAAGGACGUGAGCCUGAUGAUGUAUUGAACAUCAAAAGGUCUAUCGCUUCUUUAUUCCAGAUGARGUUAGAAUCUACAACUGAUUAUGAAAAUGAGGAGACCGAUUCUACAGGAACAUGUCGUAUGAAGUACUCUGUGACCAAAAAACAAACAUUUCAAGAGCCAUACAAAAGCCCUUUAAAAUCAAGAAAGCUAGCGGCACUCCAUAAAUACAACAUUACCAAGACAAACGAUUAUUCAGACUGCAAGUACAGGCCAGCCCAUUCGUUCAGCAAUGUCGAUCCUAUCAUUUGUUCAGACAAAAGCAAGAAUCCAUUCUUGAAGUCCCGGAUGAAGAUGUCAUGCAUUAUCUAUAAAUAUGACGAUGGUAAAGGACGACAAAAGGAGCCAUUCAUACAUUCUUGCCAUUCCCGUGAAAGACAUGAAUUAAAUUCAUUUGCAAAGAAUAAAGCUAGUACUCCCUUUAUUGUCCAUGCCGAGAGACAGCUAUCAUUUGUACAGGUAACCACAAGACUCAUUACAAGUAAACUGAACAGACCUAAAACGAAGACUUCCCUGCUCUUCAGUUUUGACGGUUUGACUAAGCCAAGCUUCAUACCAAAUGCACAGGAUGACAUCGAUGAGAUUAAAGGAAUCCUUGAGAAGCUCACCAAACUGGCCAAGAAAGAUACGAUAGCCUACGAUUUAAUGGAUUUUGAGGUCCCAAAACUCUAUUUGCAUCUAGUUAUUCAUUUACGAUGGAGAUCAAAGCCGUCGACCUUUGCUACAAUCUAUGGCAGGUUUUUCAAGGGAGACUACAGAUUUUGGCUUGAAAGCGCAUUGCCAUUCUUUGGGACGGAAGCUUCAGGAGCUGAGAUCCACAUGCGCAUAGAGAAAGGGGAAAUCACAGAACAAGGAGCCAUUAAGCUGUUAUCCAGACUGGGCGUGGUUGGUGAUCCUGAUAAAGGGUUGUUGGAUCAUAUAUUGAAACUCUGUAAAUCUCCUAAAGUAAAGAACGAGACUGUAUCGUCGACAUGCUGGCUAGCGUUUGGAUCCCUUGUUAGGGACUAUUGCCGAGGAARAUCCAGUUGCCCACAGACCUAUAUCCAGGAACUCAAAAAUAAAUACGUUGAAAAUCUCCAUAGCCAAGACCACCAUAUGGAAGUUAUCAAAGACAACGAGAAGUUGAUAAUCGCAUUAAAAGCAAUUGGUAAUGCAGGACAGAUAGCACACCUAAGACUUKCCUUGGACAUUCUCACUAAAUGGAAUGACCACAAUGCUAUUAUGAUAGCAGCCAUUGAAUCACUAAGGCGCAUGCCCUUAGAAGCCGAUGCUGCUAAUUUAUUGAAGGCGCAGAUGGCUCUUCUUCAAAUUUUCUCAAACAAAAAAAUGUGUCCUGAAAUACGAAUAGUGGCUUUUAGCGCCCUUCUUAACACUGGGCCAGCCACAAACAUGAUAAUUAAUCUCACGAGUACCAUUCGAUCUGAAGUAAAUCCGCUGGUCAAGCAUUACGUUUACACACAUUUGAAGUCCGAGAGCAAAGUGAACUGCGAACAAAAAAAGAGCUGCAAAGCAAGUAGAGAUUUACAACGACGCUUGUCCAACGUCCCUCAUGAGGAGUUUGAUCCUCGAUUCUCGUUCUCGAUGUCUCAUAGCUUUGAAGAGACGGGUAUUUUCCAGCUUUACAAAGAGAUGAUAAACAUGGAGGUUGUCCACACUCCUGUGAGCGCCAUACCCAGAUUUUUGAAGUUCAAGAAUACAAUGAAGAUGGUUGGUUUACAAUUUGAUCACAUGGAGCCUGGACAACCUCAAUUUAAAGACGGACCAAAUCCUGGUUCCAAAACAGCUGGGCAAUUGCCAAACCCUGGACAGGGUCCAAAUAGGGGAGGACCUAAUCCUGGGAAACCUCAGUUUAUAGACGGACCAAAUCCUGGUUCAAAAACACUUGGACAAAACCCUGGUCCACUGCCAAAUCCUGGACAGGGACCAAAUAUGGGAAMACAAAAACAUGGAGGCAGCUUCAUAGAUGGUCCACCCAAAUCAGUCUUUGCCAAAGAAGAGGAAGCUAGUGUCAACUGCAAUACCGUUUCACAAGCUUUUUUGCAUUUGGAAGUUUGCUCUAGUACUGAAAAUGAUGAGAAGUCGUAUAGAGAGAUGUCGUGGUAUACACCUGUCAAAAACCGAGUGGAUAAUGUUGAAUUUCUGUAUCAGAACGUCACUAAAGAUGACGACAAAGAAAGGAGAUUCGAUAUGCAGCUUCAUUUGAACGGAGAAAACCAGACGACAUUAACUGAGUUCCAUAUUGAGCUCAACACUUCUGGAAAAUCCCUGGAAAAAUCUCCUCUAGAAGGAAUUCCCAAUUAUUUGGGAUUCUCGCUAAAAGCCUUUCAGAAAACAGAUGGAAAAGUCAAACACGUGGGGUGCCUCAACAGCAGAAUCAACAUGGCAGCCAGACAGUUGGACAUUGGUUUGGGUUGGGGUAAAAACUGCAGUCAUUACGCUAUAAAUACCACGUAUGUAUACAAUGGUAAAGUGAAGAAUGCUAGAUUGGACUUUUACAGCAGUUGGAAGUCUUUACCAGAAAAUCUGGAAAAGUUGACGUGCCCGAAGAAAUACCUUCAAAAACAGUUGGAAAAGCUAAAAGGGAUGAAUGCUGGGAUGGGAGGUCAAGGCGGAAUGGGUGGACCACAAAGCGGAAUGGGUGGACCACAAAGCGGAAUGGGUGGACCACAAAGCGGAAUGGGUGGACCACAAAGCGGAAUGGGUGCACCUCCAAGCGGAAUGGGUGCACCUCCAAGCGGAAUGGGUGGACCUCAAAGCGGAAUGGGUAGACCUCCAAGCGGAAUGGGUGGACCUCCAAGCGGAAUGGCAAACAGUGGAUCAAGUAGUGGAAUGGGUAUUCCCGGCAUGGGUAACCUUCCAUGUUGGACAAGUGUCAACCUAUCCAUUUCCAUCAAGGACGGCAAAAGACUUAUUAUGAAAGGAUUUCCUACGCCAAAUGCUGAGAUUGCUAACUUCACCUUACCAUUUAAUUCAACGAAAGCGAUUGCAAAGGCUAAAGAUAUUUUGACCUACGGCAUAACAGACACCUGUAAAGUUUAUCGCAACACUGAAAACAUCAUAACUUUUGACCAGCGGACUUACUCUUACAAACCGAGUGUCGGCUGCCCUCAUGUUUUGGCAAAGGAUUGUUCAGACAAAGAUCUUUUCGUUGUUUUCUUGAAAAGAAAUGCAAAGGAUGAAAAAGAGGUGACACUGGUUGUGAAAGACAAAAGAAAGAGAGGUCACACAUUUGUUAUCAAACCGGAUCUGACCGUAAUGCAUGAUGGGAGCGCUCUACAACUCAAGGGCGCCUCUAAGUACAAGUCUGCAAACAUGCCACAUUUGUGCCGCGUGACUAAGUCAGAUGAUAAAGUAGUGAUUAGAUGCAUUGCUGGAGUCUCGGUCAUUGCAAAUACCAAGAAGAUUAAAGUAAAGGUGACUCCAUGGUAUUUCAGAUACAUGUGUGGAAUGUGCGGAAACAACAACUGGAUGGCAUCUGAUGACAUCAGGAAAUCGUCUAACGCUGAUCAUCUUGGUGCUUCUUGGCUUGUUCCCGGGAAGUCUUGCAACUCAGAGUGCACGCUAGUCCACAGACCUGUAGAAAGUAAAGUCGGCAAAACCAAUAAAUUGUGCAUCACCACUUCGCCAGUUACACGCUGUGCACCAAACUGCCAACCGACCAAAACCACUACAGCCAAGUUUGGCUACAAUUGCAUUGAUAAAUCGUCAGAUCUAGCCAAGAAAACACAACAGCAAUUAUCCAACCAGAAGUUCCAAAAAGUAAUCGACGCCUUCCGAAAUAAAUCUAAGGAUAUGAAGGAAAACACCGAGGUGCAUGUAGAUUGCCAGUGCAAUUGUCCAAAGUCUUGAAUAACUUUGUAAUAUCGAUAGUCGAGUAGUUACGAGUAGAAUCAGUAGUAGAAAAGUAUUCAUGAAACUCCUUUAAUAUUGUUUCGUUGUUGUUUCUUGUUUUGUUGUGUGUGUUUUUUUUGUUUGCUUUUUUUGUGUGUGUUUUUUUUGUUUGCUAAAAUAAACUUAAGAAUUGUACACCU